AUGAGUGAUAGGUGUUAUAAAGGUGUCAACUGGGGUAAUGUUACCUUUGAAGAUGACUAAUUAGUCCUUAGUCAUAACAAGAGAAGAUUGUGCAAACUUUCUUUAAAGAAAUUCACAAACUCUACUGUUAACAAAACUGAUAUUGUAAUUGAUUUGAACACAGUUGAUCUUCAAGAUGAUGAAGACUAACUCUGUGAAAUGAGAUUAUUUAUUCCUCAAUAAUAAGACGCUUAAAUGAAACCUGAAGAUGAUGGAGAAGGUGAAGAAAAAGAAGGUGAAGAUAGCGUAGGUGGAUAUGCAGAUUAACUUAACUCUGAAAUUAUUACUAAAGCUAAAAUUGGCUAAUACUCUGGUUAAUCAAUAGUUAAAUUCGAAGACAUAUCACUUCUUGUUCCUAGAGGUAAAUACCAACUUGAUAUGUACAAAAAAACAGUAAGAUUCCACGGCUCUUCUUUUAACUAUAUAGUAGAAUAUAGUAAUGUUAUUAAGGGCUUCCUCCUUCCUCAACCUGACGAAGUACAUGUUGCUUUCGUUCUUGGUUUAGAUUAACCCUUAAAAAUUGGUAAUACUGUUCACUCUUACAUAGUUAUGCAAUUCAAAAAAGAACAAAAGGCUAACAUCAAAGUAAACAUUGAUCCUGAAGAAAAGAAGGAAGAUAAAUUAAAGGAUCUCGAUGAAGAAUAUGAUGGAUUCUUAUAUGAAAUUGCUGGUUAAUUGUUUAAAACUUUAUGUAAUAAUGUAUAAAUCAUCAUGCCUGCUGGUUUCUAAAGCUCUGAUAAGUAAAAUUGCUUGAAAUGUACCCUUAAAACUCACCAAGGUCUUUUAUAUCCUAUGAGAAAGAGUUUGAUCUUUAUAUAUAAACCUGUAAUUCACAUAUAAAUCAGUGAUAUUUAAAAGGUCGAAUUUAAUAGAGUUGGUAAUGCUACUCUGAAUAAAUUGUUUGAUGUCAAAGUAUUUACUAAGACCACAACCCCUCAAUUCUUUGGUUUUGAAAGAAAGGAAUUAGAUGUCCUCUUAGAAUACUUUAAAUCUAAAAAUAUUAAGAUUACAUAUGAUGAUACUAAUUAAGGAGCCACUUUUGAUGAUGAGGAUGAGGAAUUCACAGACUCUAUUUCUGAAGAUGAGGAAGAAGGUAAGAGAGCUCAAAGAAAGAGUGCUAAGAGAGCUAAUAAAGCAGUAAAAGGAUAAUCAGGAUUACCCCUUGACGAUGAUGACGAAGAAGAAGACGAAGACUUUGAUGCUGAUGAAUUUGAAAGUGAAGAUGAUGAGGAAGAGGAAGAAGACGAAGAUGAAGAUGAAGAUUUUGAAUAAUGA